AUGCGCCAAACGAGUGUCAAGUUGCUGCAUUCCAAACGACAUGAGAUUAAGCAACGGAUGCUGCAGCAGAAUGUUCUACAACGAAAUAGGUUGCGGCAAGCUGAGCUAGGCGAGUGCCGCGCAGGGUCUACCGAGGACAACGGCUCGGUGAAGGACGCCUACGUUGCUAUUAGCAAAGAGUUUCAGUGUGAUGUGGGUGAUCCUGCCGUGAUGGAGCUUCUUCUUGAUAUUGAAGAGGAGAUUAGGAACGAGCUGCUGAUGUCGUUAUUUGAAGAAAGUCAGGAUGAGGACUGGGAAGCGUACUAUAAUUACCUUCUUCGGCCAUGA